AUACUUGACACACGUCUGUUUCUCGGACCUCCAUCCCCAUUUCAAGCCUUUUCCAUUGACACUGAAAUAAUGUGAUUUGUCGUUGUGCUGGCCACUUGGUACCUACGUUAACCGUCGGCCAUAGAAACAGACGAGCUUUACAUCAUUGAACUCCAUAGAUCGUAAGAACUCUAAGACGAUUUCAACAAAUACAAUCCUGCUUUCGGGAGAAACAAAACAUUUAUAGUUGACAACAAAGUACCAGUAGUGUUGAAUCAUGGGACGGGUCAGUUAGUGAAAUGCAUCCUAAGUAUUAAGACGAUGGAACCGGCUGAGUAUGUUAUUUUCGGACUUUGCAUAGUAUUAUUUGUCGGAUUCAUUGUGAACUUAUUAAUCCACAUUUUAGCAAUUUUUUAUGGAAAAUGGAAAUUGUCCAGAAAAUUAUCCCCUCCAGUGGUAGAAGAUCUUCCUGGCAUCUCUAUCAUCAAACCUUUAGUGGGAGUUGAUCCCAAUCUGUUUGAUAAUCUAGAAACAUAUUUCAAUUUCAAAUAUCCACAGUAUGAAAUACUUUUUUGUAUUCAAGAUGAAUUAGAUUCUGUGAUUAUGAUAGCUCAAAGUCUUAUUUUAAAGUAUCCUAAAGUAGAUGCAAAGAUAUUUAUUGGUGAUACUGAAUCAAAAGGCAAGAAAAAUGUAGGAGUUAAUCCAAAAAUAAAUAACAUGAUUCGAGGUUAUGAGGCAGCCAAAUACGACCUAUUUUUAAUAUCAGACAGUAGUAUUAAAAUGAAAGAAGAUACUUUAAUGGAUAUGGCUUUACACAUGACAGAAAAAAUAGGACUCGUUCAACAAAUGCCAUUUGUUUGUGAUAGGCCAGGAUUUGUAUCACAUCUAGAAAAGAUAUUUUUUGGGACACAUCAUGGUAAAAUGUAUCUGGUUGCCAAUUUUCUUGGUAUUAACUGUGCAUCUGGGAUGUCCACCCUCUUCCGUAAAGAAAUAAUAGAGGAAGCUGGAGGUUUGGCACACUUUGGAAAGUAUUUAGCAGAGGAUUAUAUGUUAGCCCAAGCAGUAUUAGACAGAGGAUACAAGGUGUUAUUGUGUAGUCAGACAGCAUUACAGAACUCUGGCUAUACUUCACUUACAACAUUUCAUGACAGACUUAUUAGAUGGACCAAACUCCGCAAUGCUACAGUGGUCACAACCAUGUUCUUUGAACCCAUCUACCAGUGUAUCGUACAAGGGUUGAUUAUGGCGUUCGUCACAGAAUACUUAUUUUCCUGGUCUCCUUUAGUCUUCUUUAUGGUUCAUGUGCUCAUAUGGUUCCUAUUGGAUUACAUCCUUCUUUCUAUUAUCCAGCAAGGUCCUUUGCCGUUUUCCAAGUUUGAAUUUCUUGUUGGGUGGAUUCUGAAUGAAAUCUCCUAUCCAAUCUUGGUGUGUCGAGCGCACUGGGAUCCCAUCAUCACUUGGCGUUCCAGAAAGUAUAAAAUUAGAUGGGGUGGCAUAACAACUGAGGUCACCUCUGCACCCCCCAGCCAAAGCAAGUGAAAAAAAUGCGACAUUCUUUCUGCUGAACUUUUCAAUAUUUUACCAUGAGUGUUAGUGGCAGCGUGGAUAAACUACAAGAGUUGAUUACAUGAAACAUUCUGAACUGUAUUGUCAUAGAAUGUUACCCCGCUGAGACUUGUCACUGCUGUAACAUUUAAUGAAACUUGUAAAUAUGUAAAGUAACACAUUUUGCUGAUGAGUUAUUGCUGAGUGAGUCACUUGUGUAACAUCAAGAGCAUGUUGAUAACAUCUCUAUGUAAUGAAUUUUAACCCUAACAAAAUGAAUGGACUAUCUAUUUAUACACUAUUUCGAAGACACUUUGAGUUUAAAGGCUUGAAUACUAUCCAGAUGUCAGUUUAGAUCUGUAUUUCUGCUUUGUCUGUAAAGACAAUCACAUCCUGAAUUACUAUUUUUUAGGCUGUUCCAUCUUACAGUCUAUCCUAAUCAUGAAAACAUUUUCUGAAGCACAUUAAAAAAAAUAUUAUUUCUUUAUUGUCUUGCCAUUUGCUUUUUUUCACUUUACCAACACAUUAUUAUUUUUUUUAAAUAGAUUUUCUGGUAUCUGUUGAUAGGUUAUUUGAACAUUUUAAAGAAUUGGAUGAAUUUGAUAUGUUAUUGGAUGGGGGUGAUAACAAAAUUUACAUUUGGGUUUACACAUAUUAUGGAAAGGAUGUUGGGCUACGUUUCUUUUUUUUUUUUUUUUUAUUAUAAAUAAUUGUAAAAACAAAAGGUUAAAAGAAAUCGUGUGCAUUAAAUGGAUUUUCCAUCAUGCUGUUAGCAAUUAACACUAACAGUGCUGUCCCCUUAUCCUGACACAUCUGAAAUAAAUAAAUUUUACUUGCAAGAUAUUAUUUCAUUUCUCACUGUAACUAUUUUAUUUGAAUAUUGAGAUUGUUAUGCAGUUUGUCUCUCCUAGUCACCUUUGUUAAUUUAUACAACAAACAGAUAUUUAUUGAGAUAUUUCAGUAUUUAGACCAGACGAUGUAUCUUCCAAUAAUUACAAUUGUGGAUAACACUUUUGUAGAUCUUCCCAGUACAUAUAACUUAAGUGCAAACAAAUUAUUAUGGUGUAUUUUGCAUUGUUUAUUUUCUUAUUUAUUACUUAUACAAUACCUUUUUAUUUUUUAACCUUUUUUUUUUUUUGGUAUUAAUUAGUAAAAUCAAAUACCAUGACAAGUCAAAAGUGUAAAUACUCAUUUUAUUUUUGACUUUGUCUUAAUAUUGUUUGGUUUAUCUCUGGCACAAUGAGUGAAUACAAGAAGUCUUUUUUUCUUUCUUAAUCUGGCUGCUUUUCAAGUAUAAUUAGACAUCUAGUUUUAUUUUUUUCUAUUUAAAUGGCAUGAAAAAAAAAGUUUUGGAAUUGCAUUGACGAUAUUUAAAAUAAAGGGAAUGGAAUAAUUUUUCUUUGCAUUUAUCAUGCAUCACAAAUGAAACAAUAAUACUGUCGACACAUUUUUUAGCCUCAGGAGUUUUUCCUUAAAGCACACAUUGGCCACGCCCAUGCUGUGCAGUUUGAUAUUUAUUCCUGCUGUGUGUUUGAAUUGGUUCAUCUGAAUGCUGAGUGAAGUGAUCAUUGAUCAGAACUACCAGACUAUAUUGAGCUCCAGAGGGUGUAUAUGAUGUGGUUGUCUGUUCCACUGACUUUCUGAGGAAUAACUGAUGCUAGUCAAUGGCCACCAUUGGCAGGCUAUGAUGUUAUUUUUAGUUUUCAGAAGAAUACCUUUUUGCAAUGUAUAGUUUGUUUUCGGUUACAUUCACUCGCCAAUGCUGGUUUUGUUUGCAUGUACAGAGAAAUAACAUUUAUACUUUUCUUUAUUUCUUAUUUAUUGUACAAUCACAGCUCUUAGCUUGGCAGUAGGACUUAUUGUACAGAGGAGUAGACCUAUAUUUAAUGAGUUGAGAAUUUACAUUUUGGUUGUGCAAGCGAAAUAUUAAAAAAAAUAUUAAAAUUUGGAAUCUUUAGCCUGGACUAUACCUGACAUUAUCUAAUUCAAGACAAAUUUGCAGUUAAUAGUUGUGCUGGCCACAUACCACACUUUUACAUGCUUAUCACAGAAACUAAAACCAAAAUACUAACCCUGCCAUGUAGGCUUAAAAAGGUUAUUACAGUAUCUGAUUACUUGUCAUUCUCAAUUGAAAACAAAAUACUAUUCACUUAUUUAUAAUGGCUUUUUAAAUUAAUGCUGAUGAGAUUAAAAGGUUUAUCUAAGUAAAAUGUUAAAAUGAGCCAAGAACAGUCCUAGACAAUUUUUUGUUGUAUGGUAGAAAAAUUCAAGAACCAGCAUUACAAUGUCAAUUGCCUUCAUUUUUUUUUUUAUUAACACACUAAGUCAUUGCUAUUUGUCUCCUCCUUGUUUCACUGCUGAAGCUGUGCAUUUUACCAAACUAGUCAGACUACGAAACUUGUGAUGUUUCACUCUAUUUGUUUUACUGAUAUUAAAAGAGUAGUAUUCUUGCCAAAAUAUUUUGUAAUGGUUUUAAUAUUUUUCAAAAUUGUAUUGUUUUUUUUUUUUUAAUAUUAUUAUUAUUAUUAUUUUUUUUUUUUACAAAUAUUUUUUUUUUACAAUUAUUAUUUUAAUUGAAAGAAAGUAGUUUAAAAAAAAACAUUCAAUUAUUGUUACAUUUUUAGUUUUCAUUUCCUUCUCAAGUUCUACUUAAUUUCAUUUUUUUUUUUAAAUAUAUAUAUAUAUAUAGAAAUAUAUAGAAAUCCAGUGUACUUUAAUUAUUUUUUUAUAUCUUCAUUUCAGAUUUAGUCAUUUCAAAUACUCAUUCAAAAUAAAACAUUUUAAAAAUGUAUGUAUGUAUGUAUAAAGUAAGAGUGUACUCCUAUGAUCUUGCCAUUAUAAGUAAAUCAUGUUCUUGCCUGAGUGUGUUAAUGUUACUAGUUCAAGCAUUUAGAUAUGUGUUCAUCCAGUUGAAUAAUAUGCUGUACAUAUAUUUCUAUUCAGUUGUCUCAUUGUUGCACAAAUUGAAGAACAUAACUAUGGAGGAACUUUCAAUAUGAAUCUCUCUGAAGUUUAGGGUUUUUUGUUUUAUUUUUCAAAGAAAAGUCAAAUGUUAGCUAUAAAAACAAAAUCACCUCACAUAUUCCUUAGCUCUAUUGGUUUUAAAUAUGUAUUGGUUUUUGCUGCUGUUUUUGUAUUUUGUUUAUGUAGCUUCUUCCAUUUUUAACAACCCUUAUUUUUACAUUAUAUUCUUAACAAGAGUGGUAUUUGUUCUAAUGCAAAGUUGUACUAUUAUUACUAUAAAUUCAGGAUUGAUGAGUAAGAAACAAACAGUAGAUUUUGGUUGUUAUUAUUACCCAGAAAAAAAAAAAGCAUGAUAACAAAUGUUUGUCAACUUUUAAAUUACAUACUGGAAGGGGGGGGGGGAAGACAAAAAUAGAAGGGUAAACUAAGUGAAUUUUAAUUAUAAUGUCUUCAGUUAGUCCUGCUAGUGUAAUAGCAUAUUUCAUGAUUUGUCAGGGUUUGUUGUUCUAUUUUUUUUUUAGUUUAGUUCCAUUUUUUUUUUUUUUUUUUUUGUUGUUGCUUAUAUGAAGCCCAAAUAAUAUGUCAGUUUUUGUAUCAAUAUUUUGAAAUUGUGGUGCAGGACUUAGAAUUAUCAAGUUGAUAUAUAUAUUAUGGGGCUGAUGAGCAAAUAAGUGAAUGCAUUCAUUUGUGAUGUUCCCACAUUUAAAAAAAAUCUAAUCUAUCUUAGCCAUAGAUUACAUCAAUACAUGGAUAUUCAGAAUUAUUUUUUUUUGUAGUUCAUGUAAUGUAAUGUAUAAUUAUGCAUGUUUAUUUGCAUCUAUUUUCUCAAACAAAUAAGCAUUUAUAUUUCUCCUACUGAUUUUUUAAUAUUAUUUCUUAUUGUCCACAAACUGGUCUAUUUUAUAAAUGAAUAUACUUUACAAGCAGAGUUUAUUAGCUGUAUAUACACCUAGUAAAUUAACCAACUUGGUAAGAAAGGAUAUAUGCAGAGGGUGUAUUCUGAGAAAAAUGAAUAUCCAUGUAUUUAUGGGAUCUUUGCAGUCUGAUCAUUUCAACACAAAACAUUGUCAAACCCAACACACAUGUGAAUCCUCACAAGUUGAUUUCUUUGUUAACUCAGUGGCCUAACACUCUUUAAUACUCAUAUUAUGAUAGUCUAAUAAUAUUUCUAUAUUUUAUGUAACCUUUUUUUUCCUUUUCAAAAUAAGGUGCUUUACACAAUGGUAUUUUAAAAAUAUAUUGAAAUGCAUGUGGUAAACUAUUGACCCUGUGGUGAGGCUUUGGCCUAUACCAUGUUUCUUGAAGAUGAAAUUCUCUGAUUGUACAUGUACUUAUGUCAUUGUAGUCAUCUCUACCUCUCCAUGUGGACGUAAAAGUGGAGGGAGAACAGUUUAUAAUUUAUUUUUAAAAUCUCACGUCUAAUAGACUUUUAAAAAUGUGAUUGUACAAUGGUGUAGAGACCCUGAUGAUAAGGGCUCACUGUCAGCCUUCACCAGCAAUAUUUGAUAUUUUUUAGUCCUGUCCUUCCUUUAUCAAUGUUUUUAGUCACUGACAAAAUGUCUGGAUUUGUAUUCCAUAGUCAUUUACUUAAUUCAUCUAAUAAACAAACAUGUCUUUA